AUCAACGCAUCUGAUUGGCUGCGCGGUGUAAACACCAUAAGCGCUUCAGUUCAUUGGUCAACAGUCAAUCAGUCGAAACGUGCGGCAAACGUUACAAAACGAUAGAGUAAACAAUAAAAAUGAGUCUCCGAAAGCAGACACCAAGUGAUUUCCUGAAGCAGAUCAUUGGGAGACCAGUGGUGGUGAAGCUGAACUCUGGUGUCGAUUACAGAGGAGUCCUGGCCUGUCUUGACGGCUACAUGAAUAUCGCUGUGGAACAGACAGAGGAAUAUGUCAAUGGCCAGCUGAAGAACAAGUAUGGAGAUGCAUUUCUCAGAGGAAACAAUGUGUUAUACAUCAGCACCCAGAAGAGGAAGAUGUGAAGCCGUUUUACUAGUUUCUUUAUUCAUUAUUACAUGAGUAAAUUGUUUACUUUCGAUAUUCCUAAUCCUUUGUUAGCUGACAAUAAUGUUCGAUAAGUUUGUUUCAUGUUUUGUAACACAAAAUUUGGUGUUCUGCAGAGUGAUGCAGUAAAUUUGUAUUUCAACAAUAGAUUUUGUGUUUGUUUUCAUGAUUUAUCUGUUCCCGAGAUGCUUCUAAGAAUAUUUCAAUGGUGAUAAUUCAGUCAUAAGGAAUUGCUGAUUAGCACUUUCAGGUCUGGAGGUUCAAGGCUCCUUUAUCUACAUAUUUCAUAUUCACUGCUUAAAUAUACCUGCUGUUUCACAUAAUUUGGUCUACUAUAGCCCUCUAUUGCAUGAUAAUGUUCUUUGUUUUCAAAUGAAUCAAUAGGUAGACCCUGAUUGAACCCUGAUCUGUUUGUGCUGGUGUUGUCUGCCCCUUUCUAACCUUUCUGCCUACAUUAGGAGGCUCUAAUAAAUUUACAAACGAUCCUGG